GAAUUCCAAACAAACUGCAAACGCAAAACACAAACUCACUUCACAACACUACACGAUCACACAACUCCAUUGCCAGUCGAGGUUUCGAGUGGCGCUCAGGUAAGACAAUAGUCCGAAAAACAAAGGUAGAUUCUUGGUUUAGCUGAAACGAUGUUUGGAUUGAACAAAACAAAGAACCGAUGUUAGAAAAAUAGGAGAGGCUUGGGGAAGGAACAAAAGUGCACCAAUAUUGCAAAUAUAAGGGACUAUCGUUUGCUGAGUUCAUUCACGAGAAAAAGCAAAUUCAAGGUGACUUCCAAGCAGCCCUCAGAAAUAAUAGAAAAUCAGAAAGAAAAAUCAGCUUUCUAAAUGGAAAAGACGAUGGCACUAUGUUUGAAGUUUUAAGCAACUUUUCUGAAGUCCCAAAAGGAAGCUGGGUAUUUAGUUGUUAGGUUAAUCCUAGUUUCAUUGUAACCCGCUGUCCGCCGAUACCAACCACCACCCCAUCAUGUCCGUUCAGAGAUUCUUCCAUCACCGUCGUUACUCUCGUAAUUCGCCAGGAAUCUACUUUCUCCACAAUUUCACAUCUUCAGAUUCUCACAAUAAACCCUCAAACUCUUCCGAUCACUACCGCCACCACAACUAUGGGCACAGCCGGUAUGUCCACUUUUUGAACUCGUUUUUACCAUCAAAGCCACAAUUUGUUAUUCCGCACAGUGUUUCCUUCUGCCGUUCCUUCUCCACUCGCGACUCGGAAAUUGGUGACUUCAGUGAUUCGGCGGUUACUCAGUAUGAGAACAUGGAGUUGCUGAUCAGCAAAAAUAUUACUGAGAGUGUUGAGGAGUCCAUUCUUCCUGUACGUGCCUUGAUUUCGUUGUUGGAUGGUUAUCAUGACCUAACUGGCUUCCCAUGGUGGAUCAUUAUAGCUUCUUCAACAGUGGCUUUGAGGCUUACGUUAUUCCCGUUGGUAAUAUUGCAAAUCCACAAGUUGACGAGAAUUGCAGAGUUACUUCCUAAAUUGCCUCUUCCAUUGCCUCCACCUAUGUCAGAAAGGAGUGUUAGGGACCAACUUAAAAUCUUUUUCAAGGAGAAACGAGUGGCAGGCUGUCCUUCAUUUUUCUGGUACUUCGCCUCUCUGACAGUGCAGGUGCCCUGCUUUUUUCUUUGGUUUACGGCUACUCGUAGAAUGUCACUGCAUCAUCAUGAAGGCUUUGAUUGUGGGGGCAUUCUUUGGUUCCAGAACUUGACCGAGUUCCCUAAUGGUGUUUUAGGGCCAGUCUUUCCUUUACUGAUUGCUGGAUUGCAUUAUAUCAACGUACAGGCAUCCUUUCAGAAAUCUUCAUUUAAAAAAAUGAGUGGACCGGUGGGAUCAAUAGCCAAGUACUACCAGAAGUACUUGGAAGUCUUGACAUUACCCAUGUUAUAUUUUGCAUUCAAUAUGCCCCAGGGGAAUUUAGUGUAUUGGCUUACCAAUAGUUCGAUGACUUAUAUUCAGCAACUAUAUCUAAAGCAUCCAGAUGUUCGCAAGAAACUGGGGCUACCUCAGAAGGAGCAACUAUCUCUAAAGCAUCCAGAUGCUCACAAAAAACUGGGGUUACCUCAGAAGGAUCCUCAAUUAGAAGCUACACAUCCGAAAGAAUUGGUUAAUCCUGGAGAAAUCAAAAUAGAUCCAUCAAAAAAUCGGAGCAAAAUAUCUGUCCAGAACCUAUCACCUCAUGAAUUGGUUAAUCUUUCGAUCAAACUCUUAUCAGGUGGACGUAAAGAUGAAGCUAUGUCCUUACUACGACUUGCUAUUGCCAAGGAUACCGAGAAUGUUCGAGCUUUGCUUAUUAUUGGCCAGACACUGUUGCAAGAUGGUUCCUUACCAGAAGCUACUGAAUACUUGGAACGUUCUAUUGCUAAGGUUCAGCUUCUGCUAAAGGAGAAUCAAAUGGAAAUUGAGGAUGUAGAUCUGUUGAUUCUAUCAUCUCAAUGGGCAGGUGUUGCCUGUAUACGGCAGGGUAAGAUGGGAGAGGGACUUGCACACCUGGAACGUAUAGCCACGUUGAAAGAGCCAGAUGACCCAAAGAGCAAGGCUCAUUAUUAUGACGGAUUAGUACUACUGUCAAGUGCAUUGAUCAAUGUUGGCCGCAAGAAGGAUGCGAUUAAUUAUCUGCAAAUGGCUACUGCUUAUGAUGAGUCUUACAGAGAAUUUCUGCAACAAUGUGAAAAUGAAGAGGACGAUAUGACUAACAACCUUGUCGCUAGCAGGAGAGGAGAUUACUGAGUUCAGUACAACUCUUUCCGUUUUCGGUUUUCUACUGUCAUGUAGUUUGUUAUUUAAUUAUAUCAGAAUGAUCAAAUAAUCGCGUCUUUAGAAUUUUAUAGGCGUCAUUGUUGCUGCUAAGAUAUUUUGAUAGGUCAAAUGAUGUAAUAGGGUUUUCGUAGAGGCCAGAUCGUAAAUUCGUGAAGGCAAAAACAGAAACUGUACAAUAUGAUUUUGAUAGAGAUCAGUUCUUUUUCUUGAGAUGUUACGGAGGAUUUGUCUUUUAGGAUCUAGUAAAAGGAAAAUUUGUUAUGUGUUCAA